AUGCGCUGCUGGAGAGUAACAUGGAUGCAUACGAACGUAGCUCAAGGCUUAUCACGCCCGCCGCCCGUCAACGCGCGAGCACAGCCCACGAUGGACACCGCGCUAACCGCAGCGCCCGCCCAUGGCCGUGAUGCGAUUAGCGCGGAACGUCCCGCGCGAAAUCCGAUACGCGAUCGUGGUAAACGCAUCGACACCGACGCGGCUCGCUCUCCCGUCGCAAACGAGACGCAA